UCCUCCUCUCUUUAGACUGUGUGAACAAAACUACAAUAAGGAAGUUCUCAUUUCCCAAAGUCAUCGACACACUUGCACAGGACACUCACAACAGCAGAGUCUUCUCUCCUCGUAUCAACAAGCUCAGGACAAAAGUGUGAAACCAGAGAUUUCAGCAGGAACAAUGGAACACAGCAUCGGUAACAGCAAGGACAUCAUUGUUGGGUCCAACAAAGGGAAGAUUGGUGCUAAUAAUGUCAUCAAUAUUAGCGGAGGAAUAGGAUCCCAGUCAAAUACUGGCAACUCGUGUAACAAAGGAGGUGGAAGCAGCUCUGGAUCUACUGAUUCUGGGAACACCGGCAAUGGGAGCGGAGGAACAGGAUCCCAGUCAAAUACUGGCAACUCAUGUAACACAGGAGGUGGAACUGGAGGCAACUCUGCUUCAGGCAACACCGGCAAUGCGAGGGGAGGAAAUGCAGUCAAUGUUGGCAACGUAACUAACAUGACAAUUGGAGACAAUGCAGGAGACAUCGGUGCGAAGAACACCUGCAAUAUGAGCGGAGGAAAAGGAGUUAAAGUGGAUAUGGGCAUCAUAAGUAACAUGGGUGCCGGAUCCAACACAGGAAACAUUGGUUCAGGGAACAACUGCAAUGUGAUGGGAGGAGACGGAAUCAAAAUAGGUAUGGGCAACAUCAGUAACAUGACAGUUGGAGGGAAUGCAGGAGGCAUUGGUGUAGGGAACACCGGCAAUGUGAGCGGAGGAACAGGAUCCCAGUCAAAUACUGGCAACUAUUGUAACACAGGAGGUGAAACUGGAGGCAACUCUGCUUCAGGCAACACCGGCAAUGCGAGGGGAGGAAAUGCAGUCAAUGUUGGCAACGUAAGUAACAUGACAAUUGGAGACAAUGCAGGAGACAUCGGUGCGAAGAACACCUGCAUUAUGAGCGGAGGAAAAGGUGCUAAAGUGUAUAUGGGCAUCAUAAGUAACAUGGGUGCCGGAUCCUACACAGGAAACAUUGGUUCAGGGAACAACUGCAAUGUGAUGGGAGGAGACGGAAUCAAAAUAGGUAUGGGCAACAUCAGUAACAUGACAGUUGGAGGGAAUGCAGGAGGCAUUGGUGUAGGGAACAACUGCAAUGUGAGCGGCGGAAGAGGAGUUGAAAUUAAUAUUGGCAACGCAGCAAACACAGGGAUUGGGUUCAACGCAGGAGACAUUGGUGCCGGGAACAAUGUUAACAUCAACUAAUGAAAUCCCAGUCCAAAAGACCAUGGCACACCAACAAACAAAAAAAAAAACUCCAAAUGAAAAUCAAGAUGUAGAAAAAGACUUGUUUCUGCAGCAUUCUUUAUACAUUUUCCUGUUUUGUUUCACAAUAAACUGUGUUGAAGAUGA